CACAAUAAUAAAAUUAAAUAAAAAAAUAAAAACACCAAAACGUUUGAAAUUUGAAAUUUUUUAUCACUCUCCCUCUCCUCUUUCUAUUAUACCCGCGCGCUCCCUCCUUUCUUAUACCUUCUUCCCAAUUUCCCCCAUUUCUCUCUCCUUCAUAAUUUACAGAAACCCUUAUUUCUCUCUCUUCUAGCUCUUUCUCUCACUCAAUUUGGUGAAGAACCCACAUCCAAUUCUUACUUAUAACGAAACAAAUGGAGUCUUUACCCGAUGCCAUUGUACAAUUCAUAUUGUCUCACCUAAACAAUGCCAAAGAUGUGACAUCUUGUAUUUCGGUCUCAAAGAGAUGGAAAGAGUCGAUGCCAUUUAUUCAACGCCUGUACUUUCCUCGAAACAUUUUCGACACUUCCUUGAUCAGAGAGUGUAGUAAUACCAGUCCAGAUGAAAUCAUUUUGAAAACUAUAAUGAUGGUAGUACGAUUAGAGGAGCUUGUUGUAUACUGUCCUUUCUCAAGUUCAGGACUCGCAGCGUGGCUUGCUGUAUCUCAUAAGUAUCUUAGACAUCUUGAGCUCAGAAUGGACAGCCUCUCCGAGCAUCAAACUAGCUCGGAGAAUCCAAUGAGUAAACUGGAUUGUAUAGGUAUUGCAAACAAUCUAGAGUCUUUAAGGUUGUGGGGUGUGUUAAUGACUCAAACCCCCAAGUGGGAGACAUUCCAUAAUCUUCGGAAUCUUGAAAUUGUUGGGGCAAGAAUGAAAGAUCAUACAUUGGUAGAUGCACUUCAAUUGUGUCCAAAUUUGAACCGAUUGUUGCUCCUUGGGUGUGAAGGGAUCCAGUCUGUUUCGAUCAAUUCGAAAGAGUUACAGGAGUGUAAGUUGGACUUCUAUGGUGCCGGAAACACUUCCCUCUCCAUUUCUUGUCCGAAACUAAUAACCCUUGAAAUUCAAGGGUGUGGUUGCAUGAGGGUUAGGGAAACUCAAUGCCUUAGGAAUCUUUCAAUUUCCAACAGUGGAGGAAAAGUUUACUUGGUUGAUUUUAGUAAGCUUGUGGCACUCGAAACCUUAUCUUUGAGGGGAGUUCAAUGGUGUUGGGAUGCCAUAAGCAAAAUGCUUCAAUGGGCUUCUGAAGUAAAGCAUCUUUUCAUGAAGGUUGAAUUUACUGGGGACUUUGAAAACCUUCUGCCCUUCCCUGAGAUAGAUUUUGUAGAGUUCUUUAAUGCCCAUCCGAAGCUCCAAAAGUUCGAUAUCCAUGGAGCCAUGUUUGCUGCACUUUGUCAAAAAAAUAGCUUGAAAAAUGUGGAUUCGAAGUUUUCAAUUCCAUGUUUGGAAGAGGUUGUACUUACUGUAAGAUCACCAUUGAAUGCAGAACAGAAAAUGAGUACUCUUGAGUCAUUUGUGAAGUAUGCGAGAAACCUAAAGAAGAUGGUAAUAAAGAUUCUUCAGAUGAAGAGUAGCCAUAGCAGCACGGACGACUUCUUUGAGGAGGUCUGUAGGUUUAGAUACAUGAACCGCAAAAUUGUUCGAAUAGAAUAACAGGGAAGAAGCGGAUGCUCUUCCUCCUCUAUUCCCCCUUACAUGGUUUACCCACAUCAUUUUUUGUUUCAUCCUCAACUUAUUAUCAAUUUUAACUGAUAACUGUAUCUUCCAUCAUUUGUAACCAAUAAUUGUACUUUUCGUUUGAAUUCAAUUUUGUUGUCACGAAUUA